AUGAUUUCUAUUACUAUUACUGGUACGAGCAUUACUCGCGAUCUUGAUCAGGGUGAGCCUACAUUAGAUGGUAAAUUGUUCAAAGUUCAAGUUCGUACAAAACCAUCAUGCACAAUUGAACAGAUGACAGAACUUGUAAAAUGGAAGCAUUUUGAUAAAUCGAAAGGUUUUAUCAUGAGUAUUGGCACUGUCAACAUGAAAUAUGAUACUCCGGAUGUGGCUAUUGCGAAAACAGCAAACUUAAUUCGAGAAUUUAAACUCGCUUAUCUCAAUACAAAAUUACCAUUAACAACAUUGCCACAUAUACGUGUUAGCGGUCUAAAGCCAACAAUUGAUCAAGUUAAAGUUGAUACGGAUGGAUUUAACGCACGGCUUUCGUCGUUGGCUGAUGAUUAUAUUGAUGUGAUUAAAGUCCGUUAUACUGAUAAAAUGCUUUUACGUGACGGUUUUCAUUUAAAUUCGGUUGGGACAAAGGAAUUGACUAACGCGAUGAAUAAGUAUUUAAAUCAGUGCUUUUAG